CUAAAUAAUGGAUAGCGGUCAGUAUACAAGUGUGGCUUGGUCUGCGAACAUUAAAAAAAGAAACAAUUCAAAAUUCGAAUUCGACCAUUGACGAGUUUAAACUUUUUUAAAUAAUGAAGUUCGUAUUGUAUUUAGUGGUACUAAUGAGUGUGUUAGUGUGUGUGAUAUGUAAAAACUAUUUCUUCGGCGAGAAGGAAGAUGCUCGCCUCUUGUCUAGAGAGAGAGUUUUCUAUGAAGCUAUACCUUGGAAGAAACGGGUCCAGUAUUACGAGUACAACUCUUCUAGGCCGAUAAAGGCGAUUCUCUGCUACGAUUAUCAGAAUACCGAGGCGUCCAUCAACAUCACAGAAGGAGGGAUUGAAUUCGAACACGUGACCCUACGAAUGAAAAGUCAAAGAAGUUACCGUCUAGACUAUACCAUAGAAAUAUACGCGUAA